AUGUCCAGGCUUCUAGCACAAGAGCAUCCAGCUAACACCCAGUCCCUCACUCUCAUUCCCGGAGAGCCCAUCCCUCUCUACGUCAACCGCGACUUCCAGAUCACCAACGCCGCCCUCGCCGAGGACCUCCUCUCCGAGACCGGCCGCUCGGUCGUCAAGGUCACCCACAACCCCAUCUCGCAGUCUGCCUUCGAGGAGGACUCCGAGUUCGACUCUGACGAGGACGACGAGUCGUUCGAGGGUCCCGAGGGCGACGACGACGACGAGGAGUCCGAGGACUCUGAGGAGCAGGAGGGCGAUGACGAUGACGAGGAGGACGACGACGAGGACAUGGAGGACGACUCUGACGACGAGGACGACCUCGAGGAGACCUCUGUCCUCUGCUCGCUGACCGCUGGCAAGUGCGAGCAGGCUGUCCUCAACCUCACCUUUGUCGAGGGCGAGGUUGUCAUCUUCGAGGUUACCGGCGAGAACGCCGUCCACCUCAUGGGCAACUACGUCAACCAGUUCCCCGCCGACGACUACUCCGACUCUGACUCCGAGUACGAGUCUGACGACUACGACGACCUCUCGCUCGACGACGAGGACGAGUUCGACGUCGAGGAGUUCGACGAGGAGGUUGAGGUUGCCCCCAAGGGCAAGAUCGAGCUGAUCGAGCCUGAGUCGAAGCCCGCCAAGCAGGACAAGAAGCGCAAGGCCGAGGAGGAGGCCCCCGCCGCCGAGGAGCAGGAGCUCUCCAAGAGCCAGAAGAAGAAGCUCGCCAAGAAGGCCAAGCUCGAGGAGGCUGCCGCCGCCAACGUCAAGAAGGAGAAGGAGGCUGCCCCCAAGAAGGAGUCGAAGAAGCUAUCUUCACCCGUUUCCCAGCUGACACCACAGACCCUCCCCUCCGGCCUGAUCAUCGAGGACGUGAAGCAGGGUAACGGCCCCGUCGCCAAGCCCGGCAAGCGCCUCGGCAUGCGCUACGUCGGCAAGCUCGAGAACGGCAAGCAGUUCGACGCCAACACCUCCGGAAAGCCCUUCUCCUUCGUCCUCGGCCGUGGCGAGGUCAUCGCCGGCUGGGACCAGGGUCUCGCCGGCAUGGCCGUCGGUGGCGAGCGCCGCCUCACCAUCCCCGCCAAGCUCGCUUAUGGCAAGCAGCGUCUCCCCGGCAUUCCCCCCAACUCGACGCUCAAGUUUGACGUCAAGCUCGUCUCUGUCAACUAA